AUGGAUUUUUCCUGCAAUCCAAUGACUCCUCCGGCGCCACAAGCGUCACCAAGAACGUUCGUGGUGCCUUCAGUGAUGUUCUUCCUUGGUGUGCUCGGCAAUGUUACAGCCCUGGUCAUCCUGACUGUCAGACCAAGUAAAGACAGCAAAUGCACCGCGUUUUAUCAGCUUGUAAAGGCCUUAGCGUGCAUGGAUUUGUUUGGGAUUGUUGCUUCGUCUCCAGUGACUAUUAUCGUGUACUUGAAGCACGGGCUUCUGAUUGAAACGGGCGGAAUGAUGCUGUGCCAUUACUUCUCCUUCAUUCUUGUGAUGGCGGGAAACGCAACAGUUUUUAUAGUUCUGGUCAUGGCCGCGGAGAGAUACAUCAUCACCAAAUAUCCCUUCAAGUAUACGGUAGUGGUGAAGCCGUUGACGGUCAACUGCAGUAUUCUUCUGGUGUGGGGCCUGUCCACGCUGAUUGCCCUGUUGCCGAUCUUUGGCAUGGGUCGAAAUAUACAGCCUUGGCCAGGGACAUGGUGCUUCUUUGAUUACAGAAGUUCAACUCUAGAUGGACAAAUAUUCAGCUACUUUUACGCCAUAGCCGGAUUGCUAGCAAUACUCAUAACAAUGGUUCUCAAUCUGUCAGUCAUAAGACAUCUAUGGCGAAUGCGUCGGAGCAGAUUGAGCGCCUCGUCUAUUCGAUCAGACCAGUUUUCUCCAAAACAUAACAACAGAGGACCAGACAGCGAGAAGAAAAUGGUUAUUUUCCUCAUGGCAAUAACCGUGGUUUUCACCGUGUGUUAUGCACCUUUGAUGGUCCGCAUAAUAAUGAACCAAAUAGCCAACGUUGAUGUAGAUCUGAAGAAAGAAAGCCUGGACAAUACCAUUGACCUAUGGGCACUUCGCCUCGCCAGUUUCAACCAGAUCUUUGAUCCGUGGGUGUACAUUAUCAGUAGGGUCACGUGCUGCCCAGCUUCCAAUGGCAGGUAA